UAUGACGUCACGCGUGACAUAAGUGCAAUAUACCACGCACAGGAAGGAUAAACGUGGAUUAUAUCACAACCCAUCGCCAUGUUGAUGUUUAUUGUUCUCGUUUUGGCGGUCGCGGUGGACAGCCAGAAUCAGUGUGCAUCCUCCUCCAACUGUCCGGCGGACCAGUGCUGUGUGGUCAUCGUCACCAGGCGGUCGGCGGAGGUGGACAGCAGAGCCCUGACUCUGGGAGUAUGUCAGCAGAUUGGCGUCGACGGGUCCAACUGCUUCAUGGCAUCCAACGCCCGACCUGACGGCAAGUACAACCUCCAGUGUCCCUGUAGGGCCGAUCAUCACUGUCUCUGGAAUGGGUUCUUCUCCAAAGGAGGGAGUACCGGCUACUGUCGACCCGGAAGUGCUGUUCCACUGCUGACCCCUGACCUCAAUCCAACAGCCAAACAGAGCACGACCCCACCCCCUUUCGCCAUUCCCACCCCAAUGGUUGGCUAGCAACUUUAUGUAUCUCGCAACAUCACAGUAAUAAAACUGUUAAACAUUGGGAAUUCA